AUGAUAACCUUUGAAUGUCUUGGUUUUAAUUUAAAAGUCAGAGGAAACAAUGACUCAUAUCAACUUGAUAUUAGUUUUUAAGAUGAUUAAAUUGGUUAUGAUAUGAUUAAAAAUUAGGCUGAAACAAACUCUAUAAAGCAUCACUUAGUAAAUCACAGUAACCUCAUAUUUGAUCUAUUACAUUCGAACUUGAAACAUACUUAAAUCAAGGGUUCAGCUCUUUGA